GUACGCCCUCUCCGUCUUCUUCCACCUGCCACCUCCGGAGAGCAAUUUAGGGUUAGGGUUUCCACCUUGGAGCAAUUCAAAGGGCUCCUCUCACAUUUCAUUUCAUACCUAAUCCGAAUCCGAAGCCCUCACUAAUUUCGUUCGCUGAUGGAUGCUCUCUAUUCGAAACUCUACCACAGGUUCUCCCAAUUCAAGACCGAAAAGUUCUCCGAGUUGGAUGAAAAGAAUAAAGUUCAAGAAGACAAGUUUUUGAACUUUAUCCAAGUUGCGGAGGAGUACAGGCAACAUGUAGAAAGUGAAAAUGAGCGGUUGCAUUCGCAGCUUAAUGAGCUUAGAAGUGAACUGGCUUCUCUCAGGUCCGCAAAAGAUGAACAAUUUAACGAGUACCAGAAGCUUUUGAUGGAAGAAAACAAGAAAAAUAAAGAGCUUUCUGAAGAAUUAAGAAAGCUCCAAAAGAUGCGACAGGCGGAAACCUUCAGCAGAAUGAAGGACAGCAACACAGACAAUGAUGAAUUGUGUAUGUCGGGUGGUGAUGAAGUAUCUGGAGAAGUAGGCAAUAGCACAAGGAGAAGAGAUACAAAUAAACGUAAGAGGCGUUCUGGUUCAGAGACAGGGGACAUGGAUAUGCCUUCUAGGAUUCAUGAAGAUAGUGUAUUACGAAGUGAAUCUGCAAAGGACUUGCACAAGGAAACUAUGCACAGGGAAUAUCUUGUUAUUUCUCGUAAGACUAAUGUAAACUUUCAGUCACAGUGCUGUAGAAAUCUUGAAGAAUCAGGUGGCAGUGUAACUGGCACAUCUAACUGCUUGUUCCAAGAGCUUACUGAGCACUUGUGGGGCUUAAAGUUCUCAAUUCUUGAUCAAACUGAAGAAACAUGCAUUAAAGCGGUGCAUCAAUCAAGUGGGUACUCCUUCACUCUGACAUGGGUUAACAGAGCUACAGGGAAUCAAGAAAUAUUAUACCGUUUUUUAUCCUUGGGAACCUUUGAGAGGGUGGCGCCAGAGUGGAUGGACGACGAGCUUCUGUUUAGCAAAACCAUGUUGCCUAUCUUCUUUGAAAGGGGCAUGAACUACUUUCUGGGUAGAGGUGGAACUGUAGUCUGCUGCCUUGAUCCACAGAUUUGGAAUUUCAAUGUUGUGCUGUCCCCUGUUGGUGAUGUGCUUAAGAGUUGUACACAUAGUUGGGCAGCUUUGAGAUCCUAG